AUGUCGUCCCGGCAUAUCCGGUCUGGCUCUGCCGGAAUUAGCAUGAGAAAACCACAGAAUGCAAAAGAGGCUGCUCAGAGGCUGGCUCAGGUUAUGGCCCACCAGCCGGCAGACGAGGAAGAAGAAGAGGACGAUCUCUUGUACGAUUUUGACUCGGCUGUUCCUUCUGCUGGCAUUGGUCUUGCUGGAGGAAGGCACUCUAGGACUCGUUCGCCGCUGUCAGUUCGUAAACCAGUCGAUCAACUUCCCUCCUCUUCACGUCUACUGCCGGCCACUAGACCAUCUGUAUCUUCGAGCUCGGUUGACCAGCAGCCCGUGUCGGCCCGUUCAGCAUCUUAUCUUCGGCCGGCCCAGCCCAAGCCCGUUGAGGCCCAACCCACUUCUUCUCUUUAUCCUUCUGUGGCCGCCCGUCCGCCUCAACCGGUCGACACGACACCCGAAGAGGCACAGCCGCCAUCUGCUCGGUCGAGCUCCAGCUCGAGCCGGUCACCUUCUUAUGGUGGCUCUAUGGAUCAACCUUUGUCUGCUCGUUUGGUCGGGCGGCCCAAUUUAAGGGUUAAGACUGUCUCUAUGGUGCCACCUGGCGUGCCUUUGUCGGUUAAGCCGGUGCAGGGGAGUUUAGCUGAUUCUCAACCUGAUAAGAGCAGGGAUAAAAGGUUAUCGCUAGAUUUUGGAACUUUCAAGUAUAAAGAGCCCACUGGCCAGCAGUCUUCUUCUGCUCUUCAAGAUGAGCUUGACAUGCUUCAAGAAGAAAAUGACUGCUUAUUGGAAAAGCUGAGGAUAGCAGAAGAAAGGCACGAGGAAGCUGAAUCAAGAGCUCGGCAGCUUGAGAAGCAGGUUGCAUCUCUAGGAGAAGGUGUAUCAUUAGAAGCUCGGCUUUUGAGCAGGCAAUCGGUGAUUGUGAUUGAACAAUUUGAAAGGAGGGUUUAUUUUCUAAAUAUUUCUCUUAUAAACAAACGAUUGCUUGCAGCUGUAAAUGUCUUCGAAGAAGUUGUUCUCAAGAGGUGUUGGCUUGCCAGGUGCUGGAAUAUAUGUGUCAGCUAUGGUAGUAUUCAUGCUGAUAUAGCUGGCGCAAGGCAUGAGUACUGGUCAUCUUUUGCUUCACGUCCUGUUGAAGUCAUAUUGGCUGCAGGAAGGAAAGCGAAGAAUGAAAAUUCAUCGAAUAAUAGUGAUUUGGAAGAAAGGGAGAAUAUUCUGGAAGCCAAGGAUGAAAUUUCAAACAAGCCCAACGUUGAGAGCAUGCUUUCGGUUGAAAGGGGUCUUAGGGAACUGACCUUACUUAAGGUUGAGGAGGCAAUAGCCAUAACAUUGGCCCAAAAACGUCGCCCAAAUAUCGUAAAAUCUGACAUUCUCAAAUAUAUUUUUACUUUGAUAACUGUAGACGAACUAAAGCUGCCAGCAGAGGGCCAAAAUUUUGCGGAAGCAUUUGAACUAACUCCAGAGGAGUCUGAAGAUGUGCUUCUAAAGCAGGCUUGGCUGAUGUUUAUAUGGAGAAGAGCGAAAAAUCAAGGCCUUGAACCAGACAUCGCAGAGGACAGACUACAAAAUUGGAUCAACCAAGGAAAUAAACAACCUAAUUCGCACGAUGCAGUAGACGUCGAGCGUGGUUUGAUGGAGCUCCGGAAGUUGGGUAUCGAGACCAAAUUAUGGGAGGAGUCUCGUAGAUCGAUCGACCCGGAUUCAACCCAGAAAACACUAUUGGAAACCGAAUAUCAGAUUUUGACCUAA